CCGCUAGUGGAUUAGCAAAUUUUUGCCUUACUCGUUCUCAUUGUGUAGAACUAGGAAGAUGAUAUUUGGCGGCGGCACUCAGCUGACAGUUGUGCCAAAGAAAAAGCCAGAAAAAACACCAGAAAUAUCAAUUCUUUACCCGCCCGUGAACUCCAGUGUGAAAGGCGACGAAGUACCACCAGCAGUGUGCCUGGCCUCCAAAUUUUACCCCAAGGAAGUUGAAGUCAAAAUGUCUCGUAGUUCACAGUCCACAUUGACCGACACAAGUGUGGUGACAGAGGACGGAUAUUACAGCAGUUCCAAUUUCCUUCCGCCUCUUUCAAAUGGUCAGAAAUCAAGCAUCACGUGUGAGGUCAAGCAUAAUAACAAACUAAUCGAGCCGAAAGUCGAAGUGGUCAAUCAAACUGCACCAGAGACGGUCAAACCAUGUGAAUUAUGGACAAGCAACCAAAAGAUACAAACUGAUUUACCAAAAGAGAAUUCUAUGUCUUUGACGGUGAUUGGUUUGCGAAUUCUAUUUUUGAAGAGCAUUGCAUUCAACGUCAUGAUGACGGCCAGAGCUUGGAUCAUUUAAGUUAUCGGCGCCAGUGUUUUCUUUUAAAUUCAAGUAAGAAUUAUUUCCGCUGGAAUGAAUUGGUGCUUUGACACCAACCGCUGGGAGCCCAGUGCCGGAGACUUCACAUCGGAACACUGUCCCUUUGCUAUGUGCAUGUGCAUAUUUAAAUGACCGGUCCAAUAUUAUCCAACGCUUCUAAGUUAUAUCUCUGUCUAAUUUCUAUGCAGUACCGUGAUGGAGUAGCUUUGUAGUAUUUGUUGGAUGCCUUAGGUCAAAUAUUCGUCAAAGAAAAUUAAAUACUCGCGUAGGCACCAUAGAUGAACAUGCCCUUUUUUUCCAGACGAAACUGGGUUGUUAAUUGUAUUUUACAGCGCAUAUAUAUUUCAAGUUUUAUGUGCUUUAUUAGUGUUAUAGAAACGUUUCGAUCAAAAGGAUGCUAUUUCAUUCAAUUUGGCCGAAGCAACUCUUUGAAAUUGCUGGUCACUUAAAGCUCAUCUUCCACUCCUAUCCCACCAAGCCCACCUUUUGCAAUGUCCUACAUUUCUUUCUCACAUUGCUUUAGAAAUCAGCCUAAAUAUUAAACUCCUUUCUGAAUUGCAGUGAACGUAUGGACAAAUUAUUGCGAUGCUGUUAUUUGCAGGGGCUUUAAAAUGGCUGCCUUGUGUUACCUGUAUGAUGGCUGGAGAAUGAAAUUUUUCCAUAAGAUCAAAAGACGCGAGGGCAGAAUUAGGCCAUUCAGCCUUGGCUUAUGUCAACCAGCCAAAGAAUAAGCAUAAUUAGGAUCAUGCAUCAGGCGGGAAAUGUGAUAUCAUUCUGCGUACCUAUGCAAUCACUCGUACUUCCUUUCUAUGCUGCCGUUCUAUCUAAUUAAACGAAAUGCUGGAUGCCGAACAGCAAUUUCUGAUUUCGUAAAUGCUAAGAAUUUUGUUUUUACCAGGGAUUAGCUCCGUCAUUAUAUUGCCUGUCUCUUUACAUACAAGUAAUUUGUUUUAUUAUUACUAUCAACGCAGCUGAAAAUCAAAUAUAUAUUUAAUGUUUUGCUCAGUGAGAAAUAAGCUCUUCCAAUAAUUUCAGUGACUCUGUCCAGUAAUAAUAUGUUUUCUGUUCUUUUAUUUGCGAUGAUGAAUAAAUAUGCUGCUUUAGUGA